UGGGGUUACUUCGAAUCUGAGCAUAUAUAUGGACAAGACUGAACUGCUCUGAGUCCAUUUAGGAAGUUAAAAUAUAGAUGGGCAUAUAUGUUCACCUUUCUUUGGAUACUGGCCUUUACCAACCUAUCAUUCAUAAAAUAAUUUUGCUCAUACUUCGCCUUUUUACAAUUAAGGAAAUCAUCUCCGGAGCAGACGUGAUGACUUCAAAUGAAAAUGACACUGAGAAUGUGUUUCUCUGCUAUCCACUCCGGUUGGAUUCCUGUCCUAAAGUACAACGUCUUGCUGUAGUUAAAGUGGCGAUGUAUGUUUUCAUGGUGCUGAUGAUCCUCACAACAGUUUUUGGGAAUCUGCUGAUCAUCAUCUCCAUCUCUCACUUCAAACAUCUACAGUCUCCAACUCAUCUGAUCGUUCGCUCUCUGGCUGCCAGUGAUUGUCUGCUGGGCUCUUUUGUCAUGCCGUACAGCAUGGUGCGAUCUGUUGAAGGCUGCUGGUAUCUGGGAGAUGUUGUGUGUAAAGUGCAUUCUAGUUUGGACAUGACCUUCUGUAUCUCUUCCAUACUGCAUCUCAGUUUAAUAUCUGUUGACAGGUACUGGGCCAUUUGUGAUCCUUUAAGGUACAAAAUGAGGGUCACAAACAACAUUGUGACUGUAUUUACUACCUUCACAUGGUUGUUUUCAUUUGUGUACAGCUUUUAUGUAGUGUUUUCAGGGGUAAAUGCGGUUGGACUAGAGAUGCUUGUAUUGCAGAUUUCCUGUGUGGGAAGUUGUGUUCUGUUUUUUAACAAACAGUGGGGUAUUAUAUGUCCGAUUCUUACAUUUUUCCUCCCUGGAACGGUCAUGAGCUCUCUGUAUAUGAAAAUCUUCCAUGUUGCAAGAAAACAUGCAAAAGUUAUGUCUGAAAGAGUGACUGCGGCGGCAGCAGGAGGGUUGAAGAGCCGAAGCUCUGUUCAAAGAGAAGGAAAAGCAGCAAAAACUCUGGCCAUUGUCAUGGGUGUUUUUUAUUUCUGCUGGCUGCCGUAUUUUACCGUUACUACUCUCGACCCUUUUUUAAAUUAUUUAACCCCAGCUGAUGUUUUUGAUGCUUUGGUUUGGUUUGCAUAUUUUAAUUCCACAUGUAACCCCUUGAUUUAUGGAUUUUUCUACCCUUGUUUUCAGAAUGCAUUCAAGAUUCUUAUAUCCACUUAUAUCUGUGGCAUCAAAUAUUCAAACACCUUGCCUUUUGAAUGAAUAUGAAACUCAUACUAAUUUCAGGCAUCACAAUACUUAUUUUUUUUUCUUUUUGUUUUUUUUAGUUCAUAUAUGUUGAAGUAAUUUAAAUGUUUCUGUUUCUCAUGAACUUUCUGUAUUUACUGGAAGAAGUGAUCAGAUGGGCCAUUAAGAUGGGCUUAGACAUAACACAUGUAAGGCUAAAAUCAAUAUCCAAAAAAUUGUUUUAAAAUAGAGAAAUUGCAGACAAUUGUUUGUACUAUGUUCAGAAAAAUAUAUUCAGUUAUAAUAAAACUGUGUGUGUGUGUGUGUGUGUGUGUGUGAAAUUAACAUUUUAAAUAGAUUUUAAUACAUUAAACUUACAUUUUAAUGGAUUUACAUUAAAUGGUUUCCCUUAAGAAAAGCAUUCACAUUUUGGCAGUUUGAUUUACAUUUCCUGAUUUGGAUCCAGGCAAUUCGAGUAAGAAACUAAGUAUCCUGGAUAUUACAUACCUGUUGAGAAUGUGUUGACAGUCUGUGUAGUUGGAUGGUUGAGCUCCAAAAAAAAAAAAAAAACUGUAACAAAGUGGCUUUGAAUGGAUUUUUUAACAGUUAUAGAUUAAUAAUA